AGGCUCGGGCGCGCACUCGCUGCCUGGCUCGGGCACGGCCGCGCCCUGCGACACUCCCCAGCCCCGGCGUGGCAAGGAGACUUUCAACAUGGAGCUGAGGAGAGGAAAGACCUUCAUCAAAUCUAGCGUGCAGAUUUCCCAUGAGAAACUCAUAGACUCACCAGCCAAGCAGGACCCAGACACUUGGUCACUGUCGUUGGGAGAGCAGCAGCGAACCUAUGGUGAAAAGAGCUCCCAAACAAGUCCCUGUGCCCAAGGGUAUGGCCGGUGCCCCAACAAAGAAGUACUGUCUGAUCCUGAAGGGGGUCCCGUGCCCCUCUGUGGAACCACCUUCAAAUUGGUGCACAAGAGUAAGACUCAUGACAGUGUUCCAGGGGCUGUGAAGACGGCAGCCCCCGCAGGACAAAUGGUAGGUAGCACAAGCUUCUCAGAGACCCCAGGAGGUCAGCGUAUGAUUGACUACCGCCACUUUGUCCCCCAGAUGCCCUUCGUGCCAGCUGUGGCCAAGAGCAUCCCAAGAAAAAGGAUUUCCUUGAAAAGGUCCAAGAAGUGCUUUCGAAACCUAUUUCACAUGCGCAGAAGCAAGACUGAGAACUUGGCUGCUCUCUCAGCCAAGGGGAAGAACCUCUCGCCGCCCGGGGUCCCAGUGCAGCAAGGCAAGCCCUUCCUUUCCAUGGGUGAGGGGCUGGGGCUGGACAGCUUAUGCCAGGACCUGUCUGACAGUGAGUUUCUACAUGACUCACCCUUUGACCUCUGCAGCGCCCUGUGUGAGGAUGUGGCCUCAUUGAAAAGCUUCGAUUCACUUACAGGUUGUGGGGAGAUCUUUGCAGAUGGCAGCUCGGUGCCAUCUGUGGAGCUGAAGGACGGCCCAGAGAGCCCAGCCCAUUCACCUCAGGCUCUGGACAGCAAGACUCCCUGUGGCCCCUCCCAGGGUAGUAUGGAACAGCUAAUGUCACCUGCCCAGAAUGAAGCAUCAGACUUCACCAAGUUCUGGGACAGUGUGAAUCGCUCUGUGCAGCAGCAGCAGCGUGCCCUGAUGGGUCCAUGGUUGAUGAGUCCCCAGGGAACAGAAACAGACCAGCCCAGGCUAGACACAUCUGGGUUAGCUGAACUGCCCCUGUUCCCUUGCAGGGGUCCCCCCAGCGGCUCCAAAGCCAGCUCCAUAGACACAGGUACCCCCAAAAGUGAACAGCCAGAAUCUGUGUCCACAAGCGAUGAAGGUUACUAUGACUCCUUCUCUCCAGGCCUUGAGGAGGAGAAGAAGGAAGCUGCGAGCCCAGGCACCCCUGCAGCCGCUUUCCCCAGGGACAGCUACAGCGGGGACGCCCUCUACGAACUCUUCUAUGACCCCAGCGAGGCCCCUGUUGGCCCAAUCCUGGAUGAUGACUGUGUGUCUGAGAGUCUCUCGGGGCCUGCCCUGGGGACCCCGUUGUCUAUGUGCAGCUUCCGCGUGGGAGCCGAUGAGAACCUGGCCCCAGCGCCAGGCCCUGACUUGCUCAGCCAGGGCUUCCUAAAGAGUACCUGGAAGGGCAAGGAAUGUUUGCUCAAGCUCUGUGACACAGAACUUGCCAUUACCAUGGGCAUUGUCAACUGGCUGCGCAGAACCCCACCGGCCGCUGCUCCUACUCCUACAUCUACCCCUGCCCCUACCCCUGCCCUUGUCCUUAGGGAGCCUGCUGCCCCACCUGACUCCCAUAGAGUCCUCAGAGGAGGAUCAGUGGAAAUGAAAGGCAGGGAAGACCAGGCCUUAGAUAUGGGUAAGGCCAUGGUGUGCUUUCCACCCAGCAGGCAGGAGCCCUGGGCACAUUCGGGAACCAAAGACUUGCUUGUUAGAGACCGUGAGGUCCAAGAGGAGCCUGCCAGGGGUAUUAAUACCCCAUCUAAGGAUAGCUCUCUAGAGGAAGGAACACAAAACUUCUCUGAAGGCCAGUUCUCCUCCGAAGCUACCACGACAGCAAACAUUUCCAGGAAUAGCAAAGCCGUGAACUCUGCCACCUGUCUCAGCUCUCAGAAGGAACUUGGGACACCUGGAAACCUGAUCUGUUCUCAAGGCCCCUUAAGACCAGAGCAGGGAGGAAGGGCUCUUGAUCCAGGGCCCAUGCUUGUAGGCUGUGUGAGCCAUGUGGCGGCCCUGCAAAUCUACCCAGAUAGCCAUUCUCCCAGACAGGAUAAGGGCAAUGGGCUCUUCUGGAAGCCUCAGGCUUGGGGUCCCAACACUGUGCAAAAGAAACCUAUAAGCAGCAAACCCAACGAAGCAGAUGCCUGUGGCCUCUCCUCCUCAGCCAGCACACAAGACCAGAGAUGUCAUGACCUUUUCCUGGACCUGAACCAGCUCAAGUUGGAACCCCCCAGGCUAGGUACCCAAGCCUGUGCCUCUGUGGACGGGCAACCUCAGCAGCUCUGCCCCAGGGCUCCAGAGCAAGUGCCACAUAGGGGUUCUGUGGGGUCCUGAGCCACUCUGGGCCCCUGGUGUCCAGCCUCUGUGGCUAUUGUCCAGAACUCCUGCGGCUCUCUUUGGACAGUGAACAGUGGUAAGUCACUCCUUCCCUUGGGCCACAAAAUGUCGCUAUGGCCUUCUGACCUGACAUGGACUUCUUGUGGAUAAGCAGAAGUGCAGACUUACAAGCUGGCUGUGGUUCAGACUCCCCUACAGGAUGGGCGUAUACUCUUCAGGAGCUGCAUAUGCAUGACCUCAUCCAGGAGAACCAAGGACCAGAAUCUUCAUCUUUAUUUUUUUUCUGGUGUGAGGAUUGUGUUUGUGGUAGAGAUGGUUGAGCUUGGGCUUGUGGGGAGGGGAAUAAGGGAUCAGAUUAGGGAAUCCUUGCCUGAGCCUGGGCUAAAGACUGCUGGGAGCUGUACGUGCUUAGCUGCCCCUCGUGCCACGAAGACAGUCGAUGGCCAGAAAGCAGUUGUUCAUGUAAAUGAAGACAGGGGACUCCAUUCAUCUGUUUGAGGUAUAGGAAAAGAAUGAGAGUCACAGCUCAGGAGGCAGAAAAACCUCAUGGGGUUGAGUUCACAAGGACCCACUGGCUUCAUCCAAGCCUUCUCUUUACCCAGGAUAGGAGACUGCAACACACUGCAGUGUCACAGUGCUUCUUUUGGGAACAACAAGGACGGCUUCUAUCUCGGCAAGAGCCUGGAGCCUCCAGCAUGGUAUCUGUGCACAGCUUUGCCAGGGCUGAGCAGACCCUGCCUAAUCAGUGGGUUCUGUCAUAGGUGAUUCUGUGCACUUCCUUCAGCGUGUUCUCUGAGGCCUUGGGUGAGAAAACGCCCACUGCUUUCCCCAUCUCUGCCAUUCUGCCUUGGAGUUGCAAAGGCCUGUCUUCUGCCCUUUCCCACCCCCAGCAUGGCCAUCUUUUCUGCAGAGAGCUCUCUGAAUGAAGCUGUGCUCACCACCCCUAACCCAAAAUCAACACAUGCACUGACCCCAGACAUUCAGAAUCAGGAAAAGACCUGCUGGAUGCUGUCCCCAGGAAGAGUAGGCAUCUCUUCUGACCCAGCACGAGGGCAGGGAUGAACAUGAGGGCCUAUCCUCACUGCUAAGGAUUUGAUUCUACCUCAGAAAAAAAAAAAUUAACACAGUGACAGUCAGAGGAUGAGGACUUGGCAGGUAGCUGUAAAAUUUGUCACCAGGACCAUAUGUAGGCAGGCUGCUGGAGAGGCCACACUUCAUACAGAGUUUCUGUGGAGAGGUACAGGAAUUCCAGGCAAGCACUGAUAGCAUAUGUUCAGGGCCCGAGUGCUUCAUUUCAGGCUAGAAAGUCUCUUGUGUCCAUUGGCAUCAACAUCUCUCUAACACUGUUUGCUGUGUGCGAGAUGAGAGCUGUAGGUUAAAAACAGACAUCAAGGUUGUGGCCCUGUGGCCCUGGACACAAGGAAGCACAGGGCCAUUCACCCGAGAAGCCACAUCUUCUCCUAGGACCCAGACCCCAUCAUGAUAUCAUAGUGACAUCACUGAGCCUGGCUCUGAAUAAGCAACAGAAGAACAUUCUGCACGACCCCUACAGCAGUCUGAGGUAAAUUAUGCUGGUUUUCAGACCCAGGAACCAGGAACAGCUUGUAUGAUCUUUCUGUGGACAUACACAUGUAGUGUGUGCAGACAGGGGUUUCAGAUCUCUUCCAAACCUUACUACAAAGGCUCUGCUAUGCAGUAGGUUAUGGAACAUUCCACUGUUUUCCCUCAGUUGAUACUCCCAGAGCCUUCAGCCCUUUCUUCUUCCAGGCCACAGAUGCCUGAGCACCCUAGGGUGCCAACCAUGUGUCUCUAUGAGCAGGCUGAGAGCUCAGUAAGGAGCCACCCAACCCCGGUCACAGCUUUUGGGGCUCUGUACUGUACCCGACAGAGAAAGUGCUCAGUAAAUACUUUUUUGAAAGA